AUGCAAUUAGGAUCUUUGCUGUUGAUUAAAAUAAUGAGGUCUUCAACGAGUGCUCAGUUCAGAUCAACGGGAAUGACAGGGAAGCAGAGAUUACUCAUAAGAAAAUCGAGAUUCUCCCGCCACCAGCGACAACCAGAGCAACAGAAUCCAGAUCUUGCUGCAGAAAGAAGCUUCCUUUUCAUUCUCACUUCCCUCUCCUUUCUUCGCUUUCCUCGCGCUCAAUUGCCAUCACAAAAAUUCCAUGGUGUCUUUUUUUCUCCUCCUCUGAUCGCCGCCACGGCGGCCGGCGACGGUGGAAGCCGGAGAAUUCUCCACGAGCCACUGUACCCCAUUCAAUGGACUCCUCCGCCUCCACCUUCCGACUACCCUGACCCUAUAACUGAGGCACCUAAGCCGCCGUUCCCCCUUUCUGCAGGACGUCACUCAAACUCUGGUGCGACCAAACUCGCCAUCGGGGUUUCCGUCUCCGUCUUCGCGGCGGCGAUUCUAUCUCUGUUUGCGUACUUUCGCUACCGCCGGCGAGCUAAAAAUCAGCCGGAUUCGCGAAAGCUCAUUGAAGAUUCUGGCCGCUCUGCAGCUCCCGACCGCCCGAUCGCCGCCGCGGACUUCCUAUAUCUUGGGACGAUGGAGCCCAGCGUUCCUGCCGCACCACGAUUAAGUGCCGAGUCAAACCGGUCUUCGUAUCGUAAGCUCAGCUCGGAGUUUGAGCGGGUUGUGGAGAUGCGUAUUCCAAGCCCUGAACUUCAGCCCCUUCCGCCGCUUCGUCGCCAUUAUCCACCGGCAGUUCCCCCGGCAGUGGCGGCGGCGGCUGCGACGUUAGCGGUGGCAGCUUCCUCCGAUGACGAAACAUAUUUUACGCCAAAGCGCUCUGCAACUUCGAGAAACAGUGAGAGCACCGGGAGUCCGAGAUCUCGCCGGAAUCAAUCCUCUUCCAUCGCCGAAAAAGAGGUUCCUCGGUCCCGGAGAUCUUCUCCAAAGAUGCAGUUAUCAGAUCACACGGCUUCGGAUGUCAAACUCGAGAAUUCGCCCAACUCUCAUUCUCCGCCGCCGCACCCUCCGACAAAUCAUCCUCCUGUUCCUCCGCCACCUCCGCCGCCACCCCCGAAGAUGGAGAAAAAUACUAAACUGCCACAGCCAUGGAACCAGCCUCAGAGUUUUAGCAGAGUAAUCAAAGAAUUGAACGAAAUAUCUCAUUCGCCAUUGCCUUCAUCAAGACGUCAGCUUUUGAGGCCCUUGCCCCCGGAGGAUGCCGCCCGUGCUGACGUGCAGCGCUCCAUUAAUGCUCGGCCGGUCAGCGGCAGCUCCACUUCGAAGCCCGUUGAUGAGGAAGAAGGCGAUUUAGAUAGCGAGGCAAAGCCUAAGCUGAAGCCCUUGCAUUGGGACAAAGUCCGGGCGACCUCUGAUCGAGCAAUGGUUUGGGACCAGCUGAAAUCUGAUUCAUUCCAUUUGAAUGAAGAUAGGAUUGAGGCUUUGUUUGUGAAUAAUUCGACUGCUCCUCCUCCAAGAGAACAGAGCAGGAGAACAGUCCUUCCGCCGUUGAAGCAAGAGGAGAGAGUGCUAGAUGCAAAGAAAUCGCAGAACAUUGCCAUACUUCUGCGAGCAUUGAAUGUGACGAGAGAGGAAGUAUCAGAAGCACUGUUGGAAGGAAAUACUGAAGGCCUAGGGGCCGAGCUUUUUGAAACCUUAGUCAAGAUGGCUCCCACCAAGGAAGAAGAGCUAAAGCUUAGGGACUACAUUGGUGAUGUAUCAAAACUAGGACCUGCAGAGCGGUUUUUAAAGGGUGUUCUUGACAUACCAUUUGCUUUCAAAAGAGUUGAUGCGAUGCUUUACAAAUCCAAUUUUGAAACAGAAGUAAACUAUCUGAGGACAUCUUUCGGAACUCUUGAGGCUGCGUGUGAGGAUCUAAGAAGUAGUAGGCUGUUUUUUAAGCUGCUUGAAGCUGUUCUCAGAACUGGAAACCGUAUGAAUGUUGGCACUAACCAUGGUGAGGCCAAAGCUUUCAAGCUUGACGCCCUGUUGAAGUUGGCAGAUGUUAAAGGGACUGAUGGGAAGACUACUGUCCUGCACUUCGUCGUACAGGAGAUCAUUCGCUCUGAGGGAUCAGCUUCUGAAGCUUCAAUAGAAAAUCAACCCAGCAAAAACAUGGAAGAGGACUUCAAGAAGAAGGGCCUGCAAGUCAUUGCAGGCCUAAGCAAUGAGCUUGGUAAUGUCAAGAAGGCUGCUGGAAUGGACACAGAUGUACUCAAUAGUUACCUGUCUAAGCUAGAGCUGGGGCUUCAAAAGAUAAGAUCAGUGUUACAGCUCGGCGCGUCGUGUGAACAAGGUCAAAUGUUUUUUGAGAGCAUGAGGACCUUUCUACAAAAUGGUGAACAUGAGAUUGGUCUGGUUAAGUCUGAGGAGAAGAGGGCACUGCUUAGAGUGAAAGAGGUGACUGAAUACUUCCAUGGGGAUGCAGCGAAGGAAGAAGCUCAUCCGUUGAGAAUAUUCAUGGUGGUGAGGGACUUCCUAGCAGUUCUUGAUCAUGUUUGCAAGGAUGUAAAAAGAUUGCAUGAGAACACAGUGAUGGGUUCUGCAAAAGCUUUCCGCUUACCCGCGAGUUCAUCACUGCCUGUCCUCCAUAGAUAUGUGCCAAAUCCACCAGCGAAUUCGGAUGACGACAGUUAGUCACCACAAAGUAGUAUUGAAUCCCAAUUAAUUUAAAGCCAGUAGAUUCAGAAUUUGAGUCAUGUAAAUUCCACCAUAGCUGAGCUUUUGUGUAUUAAUGCAUGAAGUCAUGGGGAAUGUGGGAAUUCGUAGAGCUAAUUAACAGUACUUGGAGUGCAUCUCUGUACAGUAUAGUUGUGUGAAGGAAGAGCAUUCAGCAUUCAGCAUUCAGCAUGGCAUAAACUGAUCUCUUCUUGGAAGGUAAUAAAUCUAUUAUACAUAUUUUGCAUUCUUUUGUUCAAUAUUUAUUAUAUUGUACUAAAGAGAACCAGAAGACAGAACCACCAAUUGUUUUGGUCGAAUUCAAU